UUAAAUGUAAAGCUGGGGAAUGUUAAAAUAUCCAUAUUACCUGUAAUCUAACUAGUAAAUAUGAAACAACUGACCACUUCCGUAAUUUUUUGAGAUAUGAAUAAUGGUAUACAUAAUUGUACAGAUGAAUACUGCCAAACUUUGAAAAAAAGUCCUCGCAGAAGAACAUAUACAGGUAUUUCAAUACAUAAUGUCUGACCAAACAGGAAAGCAAGAAAAACUUACAGCUGGAAAAAUAUGGGAGGAUUUCAUUGAAUCAACUGGAUUUCAUGCGGUAAAUAAAAUUGACUUUGGAAAGAAGAAUCCUCCUGGAAGAACUUUAUUCUGGAUGAUUAUAUGGUUGUUGUCAGCUGGUUACCUGCUAUUUAAUGUUGCAACUGAAUUAAUAUCAUACUACAAAUACCCAACAACAACAACCGUAUCUGUGAAGAAUAAUGAUGAGCUCGAAUUUCCAGCAAUCACUAUCUGUAAUCUCGCUACCCUGAACAAAAGCAUGUUCACAAAUGAUACUCGAACUGAUAAUUACUACCUAGGAAUAUCCGCUCUGUACUACAAUGCAGCAAAAAUCAAUUGGAGCGAUCCAUUUUAUUCAUCAGAAGGAUAUUUCAAUGAUCGCACACUCGAUGAUCUAUAUAUGGAGUCGAAAUCUUUAUCGAAGUUUAUUAUAUUUCACAAGUUUGACCUGAAACCUUUCUAUCUGAGUUAUACUCCAGUCGCAACAGAUCUUGGACUCUGUGUUAGAUUCAACACGAAUAGUCCCCCAUUGAAGACUAGCAUGCACGGAGGAUUAUACAAUCUACAGAUGUUCAUAGAUCUUCGUCUUGAUGACGAUUAUUUUCCUCGAACCUAUGUUUCAUCGGGUUUAAAGGUUGUAGUGCAUGACCAAAGUGAGGAGGUGUUGAUGGCAAAUGAUGGGUUUGUAGUACCUCCAGCCUCCGAGGCUUUAAUACAAAUAUCAAGAAAGGAGUAUAAAUACUUACCACCUCCAUUUACGGCGUUUGAAGAUGACAUAUGUGAAGACAAGAGAUCCAACUAUAGUACAUCUCAAUGUCAAAGACAGUGUGUACGAGAUCUUCUAUUUCAACAGUGCAGUUGUGUUGGUUUUAUGUUUUACAGUCCCACUGGAAAAUAUUGUUCAAAGGAAAGAUAUUUAGAGUGUUUUAUGCCGGAAAUGUGGAAUAUGUUCAGAAAAGGUUACAAUUGUAGUUGUCCGAAUGAAUGCCAAUAUACAGAUUAUGAUACAAAACUGUCAUAUGGUUUGUUUCCAUCUGCGUUUAUGAUGAAAUCACUGACAACCGAGCUCAAUGAAACAGAGGAUUAUAUCAAAACUAAUUAUAUCAGUCUAUCAUUGUUUUAUAAAAAUUUGAAGACCACAAUUACUGAACAGAAACCAAAGUAUGAGAACGUUGGAGAUGUGUUUUGUAAGAAUUUAUUAGUCAUUAUCGUAUACACUUGUACAUUUUAA